UAUCUCAUUUUAAAAAUGGCGUGAUCUAAGUCGCGGUGACAACAACAACUCUGUUAUUAAAAUGAAUAUAUUUAACUGAAAAUUAUUCAUUUUAAUGAUAAAUAUAUUAUUACUUUAAUAAAAAUGAACCAAGUGAAACAUAAAAUAUGUAUGGUGUCCGAUUUUUUUUACCCUAAUAUGGGAGGCGUUGAGGAACAUAUAUUUAAUUUAUCACAGUGUUUACUUGGUCGUGGACAUAAAGUUGUGGUGAUGACACAUUCCUAUGGAGAUAGAGUUGGCAUUCGUUAUAUGACCAACGGUCUCAAGGUGUACUAUUUGCCAAUAAAAGUAUUUUAUAAUCAAUGCGUUCUUCCAACAAUGAUAUGCUCACUUCCAUUGAUAAGAUAUAUAUUUAUAAGAGAACAAAUUGAAAUAGUCCACGGACAUUCAGCAUUUUCAGCUUUAGCACACGAAGGAAUGCUUAUUGGAAGACUUUUAGGUUUAAAAACAGUAUUUACGGACCAUUCCCUGUUUGGUUUUGCUGAUACUUCAGCGGUAUUGACAAAUAAAUGUCUUCAAAUAUCGCUAGCUGACUGCAAUCAUUGUAUUUGUGUAUCACACACUGGAAAGGAGAACACUGUCCUACGUGCCAAAGUUCACAAGGAUAGGGUCUCAGUAAUUCCAAAUGCCGUCGACACGGCACUUUUUACUCCAGACAUCAGCAAGAGGAAAAGUAAUUGCAUUACAAUAGUCGUGGUAUCUCGGCUGGUUUAUCGCAAAGGUGUUGAUUUAUUAGCACAGAUAAUACCUAGAAUUUGUUCGCGGCAUCAAGACGUGCAAUUUUUAAUCGGCGGUGAUGGUCCUAAACGCUGGCUUAUUGAAGAGAUAAGAGAACGUAAUUUAUUGCAGCAUCGAGUUACUUUGUUAGGAAGCUUAGAACACUCUCAAGUGCGUCAUGUUUUAAAUAAAGGGCAUAUUUUUUUAAAUACUAGUCUUACUGAGGCUUAUUGUAUGGCAAUCGUUGAAGCUGCUUCGUGUGGGCUGCAAGUUGUAUCAACAAAAGUCGGCGGAAUACCAGAAGUAUUACCGCCAGAAUUAAUUUAUCUAGUCGAACCAAAGGUAGACGCUCUUGUGGAGGCUCUGGAACAAGCUAUCAGUGACUACAGAACUGGCAAUAUAAUUUGCCCUUAUCAAGUACACGAUAAAAUUGUUUCUAUUUAUAAUUGGUUCAAUAUUACCAAGAGAACAGAGAUUAUUUACGACUCAGUUCAGCAGGAGAGUAAAAAGACUAUUGGCGAACAGUUGGCUAAUUAUUUAUCAAGUGGAGUACUGCCGUAUUUACUGAUGGUCUCAUUAUGUUAUAUUGCGUUGCAAAUAUUAGAAUACAUCGUACCGAGAAAGUACAUCGAUAUAGCGACCGAUUACAACCGACCCGAGCCAAGUUUGAAGAAUAAAAAAAAUAGAAAUACUUAAUGAUUAUUAAUCAUUAAUUUAGCAAAUUUUAGGAAAUUGUACAUUGUUAAUUUUUUUUUUUAGGCAAAUCAACGGAUCGAGCGUUUGUAAUGAUGUAUAUACUUGACGAUUGAAUUGUAAUAUUUGUUUUUACAAAAAUUAUUGCGAUUGUUAGUUAUUAAUGAUGCCAUAAAUGAACUUCUGAUGAGUAGCUCUCAUGGCUUAUAUCAACUGUUAAAUACGCGACAAAUUUUAUACGUUAAAAUAAGACAAUAUUUGAGUCUAUUUAAAGAUUUAUCUGAUUGAAUUAUUAGUAAAAUUAUUCAAAAUUUUCGAUUUUUAAUAGGUAAAGUUUGUAUUGAAGAGAAUAUUACGAGUAUUAUAAAUUGUUAA